AUGGUGAUGCUACCGUUGAUGUACCCUGAAUUUUUUGAUAAGUUCAAGGUAGCACCGCCGUCAGGUGUUCUGUUUUAUGGGCCGCCGGGCACGGGAAAGACGCUGCUAGCUCGAGCUCUGGCAAAUUCCUGCUGCUUGAGGCAUGUUGCAUUUUAUAUGCGAAAAGGAGCGGACUGUCUGAGUAAAUGGGUGGGAGAAGCUGAGCGACAACUACGCCUUUUGUUUGAGGAGGCUAAACAGAACCAGCCCUCGAUUAUAUUUUUUGACGAGAUCGACGGUCUUGCGCCUGUGCGCAGUGCCAAGCAAGAUCAAAUUCACGCAUCUAUUGUUUCGACGCUGCUGGCUCUUAUGGAUGGCAUGGAUUCACGUGGACGCGUCGUCGUAAUUGGAGCAACCAACCGGCUUGAUGCAAUUGACCCUGCGUUGCGUCGCCCUGGCCGAUUUGAUCGAGAACUAGGAUUUAAGCUACCGAGCGUGAAUGAGCGGAAGAGCAUGCUUGCGAUCCACUCCAAACAUUGGGACCCUCCGUUGUCAGACAAGUUUUUAUCCGAGCUUGCUGAGCAAACGUUGGGCUACUGUGGCGCCGAUAUCAAAGCACUUUGCGCGGAGGCAGCUUUAUGUUCUCUGCGUCGCGUGUACCCGCAAGUGUACGCAAGUGAGAACAAGCUUCUGAUCAAUAUGGACAAGGUAGUGGUAGCCCGCGGGGAUUUCGCCAAGGCAGCAAAAAAGAUCACUCCGGCUUCUCACCGCACCGUCAGCUCGUUCGCAUCGCCACUACCGCAUGCCGUCAAAGCGCUGCUACAGCAGCACUUAUCGAAGGUGUUGCGAGACGUUUCUCGUCACUUCCCGCUUUUUCCUCUGAGCAGAACGUCCACGGAUGAUGUCGUUGUCACGGAUGAUGGCGCAGGCGAAGAUGUUAGGGCUGGGGAUGACGAAAACGAAAGCGAGGACGAUGUGGAUAUAUAUGGGAUCGUGAACCAUGAUGAGUGCGAUGUUUGUCGUGGGAACGAGAUCGAGCUUCUUCGCUGUGACGCCUGUCCUAAGGCUUUUCAUCGUGCAUGCCUUGCAGACGUGACUGCGGCUUACGAGGAGAGCAAAAGCCGUGACGGUUCGUGGCUGUGCCCUGACUGUUAUGACUCAGUUUCCACUGCUCGAAGAGGGGCACGUUGCGUGCAAAAGAAGCGUGUCCACUCCAUCGCGAGUCUUAGGUUGCCUUGCCACUCGGGUUUUCCUCGCGUCUUGAUUGCAGGCAAAGCUGGCAUGGGACAGCAGUAUAUCGGUCCGGCGCUACUGCAUUCAUUGGAAGGAUUGACGCACUUCUCACUGGACUACCCUUCCCUCGUGGCCGACUCCAACUCGCACUCCCCAGAAGAAGCACUCAUUCGGAGACUCACCGAGGCGCAGAAAUGCCUGCCCUGUGUACUCUACCUUCCGCAGGUUGAGUUAUGGUGGAAGAAUGCAAGCGAGUCAAUGCACCUGACCUUGACGAUGAUGUUGACAACUCUUCAAGCUCAAGGCAGCCUGCCAAUCAUGUUUUUGGCGUGCACGGCGUCGUCCUCGUGUAAUGAGCAAGGUCUACCGGAUGACUUGCUGGCGCUAUUUGAGAAAGAUCCGAGCGUGUCCGCGACAUCUGUGGUCAUGGAGCUGGGCACGCCAAGCAAGAGUGAGCGCCAUGCCCAUUUUGAGCAACUGUUCGCCUCGAUUGCUACGCCCCCGUCUGUUCAAAAGACCAACAAAACCAAGAGCAGCCAUCUUGAGGUGCUGCCAUUGGCGCCACUUUCACCCGCAAGGCCCGAUAUGAAACUGACGUCGGCAGAGCAGCAGAGAAGGAAAGAGCGAGACUUUCACUUUUUGCGUGAGCUGCGCAUCUUCUUGAGUCAGGUGCUGGCGUACUGCUAUUCGCAGAAAGCGUACACACCCUUCUUUGUACCGGUGGAUCCCGUUGCAGUCCCGAACUACUACCUGAUUGUAAAGCGCCCCAUGGACUUGAGUACAAUGCGUGACAAACUCGACGAUGAAGAGUACACAUGCUUUGAGCAGUUCAUGGAGGACAUCCAGCUUAUCGUACGGAAUGCCAAUGUUUUCAAUCCCAAACGCAGCACCACGCGUCACAUUGCGCAUGCAGCUGGUACGAUGAAGGACAACAUCUUGUCGUAUGCUCACCGCUUCCGCAUACGCCAGGGUUACGACCUUUUCGCCAAAUGUCGUGAGGUGACAAAGCGGCUCCGAGCGCAUCCAACACUAUACGGAGAAUACGGUCAACGAUUUUUGAAUGCUACUGGAAAGAGCUCUCGCACGAAUCAUGUCUGCACGUACGAAAAGCCCGGCGCACGCGCCAGUGUCCGUGGUGUGAAGGAUCCUGAUCUUAGCGUGGCUGCAGCGCUCUCUCGCGCGACGGCAAUCACAGGUAAGUCUGCUAUGCACGAAGUCGCUGUGAAAAAGGAGCUUGCGGCUGAUGUUCGAAGCAAAACGAAAGUCGUGCGGGUAGCUCAGUGGUUUCAUGAUGAAGAGGAGGAGGCAAGAAAGCAGAGCAAGACAGGUGAGUGCACCAAAACGGAAAGCUGCAACGAAGCAGAUGUGGAGGUGGUAGAAGAUAGAGAUCACGAGGUGUUUGACGAGGGCGACCGCGUUUUCGUGAGCAGUCGAACGCACCCAGGUGUCAAUCGUGAGGGUGGUGCUGGUAUCGUGCUGGGCCGCAAUAAGGACGGCACGUACAAUGUCAAGUACAUUCUCGGUAGAAGUGAAAAGGCCGUGAGUGUAAACUACAUCAAGCGGUUGACGGAUAAUGCAGUGAUGGAGUCAGUGAAGACGCAACGGAUCGUGGCCAAUAGCUGGACAGAUGCAGCCAGAUCCGUGCGCCUUAUUCAGGACGAAGAAACGAUGGACGAGACGGACUACUUUGAUGAAUUGUUGUGGCCCAUCUUGAGCGAGGAAGGGUGGAAACGCGACGACAACUUUGAUAUCAUCGAAGCGUCAGGCGAGGAGUCUGGUCUGGCCGUGCAGCGCGUCGUCUUUACUCCGGGCACGACGCGCAACGGUGAGACCGUGACUCUGAAUGGUGUGCUCGAGGCGCUGGAGUAUGUGUCGGCAGAUGCUGAUCUGUCGCAGAAAUGCUUUGGCUAUCGGUACGCGGAAGGCAUGAUGACCGCUGAAGCUCCUGCCGAGAGCGGUAGUGACCAAGGCAUUGUUGCAAUCGGGAAAGUGUCUGCAAAUGAGGAAAAAGCCGCCACUGCUGAGCCAACGGCUGAUGAGCCUGCGCACGAGGUGCAUGGCGAGGAGCAGACGGAGGACGUGCCAAAGAUGCCAGACUUUAUUUAUGACGAGGCUCGAAUGGAUGCAGUCUUGACGAAGAUCGUGGAAAAGACGGCAGGCUGGACUGUCGACAAGCUGCGUGACGAGCUGCUGGUGCUCAACAAACUGGCGUACCCGUAUCGCAAUAGCUUUGACCGUACCGAGCUGAUGAUGCUCCUCGAGGCCCACGAGAUGGCGAUGUAG